AUGCAGUGUAUGAACAGCAUUCUUGACGACCCUCGCGCGACUCCUGUAACUGUAUUGAUUGCCAGUUGCGCGUGGCCCUGAUGCCCCCCGAAUCGUUGUCAUGGGCUACUUUCGCAGACCGCGGCGCAAAUAUCUCCUCGAACUGCUAGCGUUGACAAUAGUUCUUGGCUUGUUAUAUUUCUUCUUCCACGGACCUCAUCCAGAGUAUGAUCGGCCUGCUGCGCGAUCAAAGGAAGAAGCCGGAAAAGCGCUCCCAUGUUCGCAACUGCCUGGCGCAAACGACGUGGUUGUCGCUCUGAAAACCAGUACAGCCGAGUUAGAAGAAAGGCUGCCGACCCUGCUCGAGACAACUCUCCUAUGCUAUCCCACCUAUAUCAUCUUCUCGGACUGGAAGGAGACAUAUCGAGGGCAUCUCAUACUCGAUGUCCUCGAUUCCGUUGAUCAGAAGAUUAAGCACUCGCAUCCGGAUUUUGAACUGUGGCGAAGACUCCAGGCAGGAGGCCCGGAUGUUCUAGAGGAUGAAGAAUUGUGGAAUUCCGAAAACACAACGAGGCGGCUCGAUAAGUGGAAGUGGCUGCCUAUGAUUCAAAAGACGUACGCGGAGCACCCCGAUCGCAAGUGGUAUGUGUUUCUAGAAACAGACACGUAUAUCUUCUGGUCCAACCUCCUUAGCUGGCUGGACACUCUGGAUUCUGCGGAACCGCAUUAUAUCGGUGCAAGGAAGAAAACACAUAAUCUAUCAUACGCGUUGGCAAGUGCGGGCUUCGUGCUGUCACAUGCAGCAGUAAAGGCAGCGGUGGAGAUGUUCGACAAGAACAAAGUGAUCUGGGAAGGCCUCACGGAAGAAAGUCCCAGCGGAGACGAGAUUGUCGGAGGUCUAUUGGAAGCUGCUGCAGCUCCAUUAAAUCCUGCCUGGCCGAUUUUCCAAAGGCAUCGGCCUGCAGAGAUGGAUUACACCACACAUAGUGAUGGCAGAAGGCUGUGGUGCUAUCCUUCCAUAUCGCACCACGGGCUCGUACCAGCUGAAGUCGCCGAGUUGUGGAAGUUUGAGCAGCAAUGGCUCGCGGAUAAGCCCCAGACCAUCAUUCGCCACCGAGAUGUGUUCGAGUCCUACAUCAUGCCACGCCUUCUCGUCCGAUCUGGCCGAGUCGACGACUGGGAUAACUUCAGUGGCAAUUUCUCUGAAGGCGUCCCCGCCGAUUCAGUGGAUGUCUGUCGCGAAAUCUGUGUCGCCCGCUUGGAAUGCGUGCAAUUUGCCUUCUCGAAUGGCACGUGCGAAUUCUCUCCUAUACCGAGAAUGGGAGCGCAUCGCACUGGAGUCAGCUCGCGGUGGAUGCUGGCCAGAGCACAGGAGUUUGCCGAUAGUAUGGAAGCGUGUACGGGGGAAGAAUUGUGGUUAUCACGCGACGCAAGUGCUGAGAAUACGGACAGCGUAGCCAGCGUAUGA